AUGGCGGAUGCAGCAUAAAUCUACGGUCAAAAGAAGUAUUUAUAUAGACAGGAUGGAUUAUUUAUUCGAUUUAAUGAUAAUGAUAAAGAAUUGAUUAUAAGAUCUUUAAAUGGAUCAAUUGAUGUAUAAUCGAGGUAAAAGUUUUAAGAUGUCAACCCAUAAUCAUCAGAUUGCUUAGAAUUUAAUGCAAUUUAUGGGAUAGUAACAUUGAAACAGUUGAAUUAUUUAGUCGUUGUUGUAAAGGCUGCUUUGAUUAGUUCAAUAAUGAAUUUACCAAUAUUUCAAGCCGAGAAAUUCUAAUUCAUUCCUAUCGAAGAUAAAAAAAUAAAUUCUAGAGAUGCCUCAUACAUAGCUGGUCUACAGGAGAUAUUUAAUACGAAAACUUUUUAUUAUUCAGAAUAGUAUGAUCUUACAAACUCGUUGCAGAGAUACAUAGAAAAUAAAGGAAUUCGUAAGCCAUUAUCUCAGUAUUGGAUGAACAGUGAAAAUUGCAAACCUUUUCGUCUAUGCAAUCCAGAAUAAUGGAUACCCACAUUUAUUUCAGGUCUCAUUGCAAUCAGAUAUUUUAAGUUGAAUGAUACUGAUUGUUAGAUAUGCCUAAUUAGUCGAAGAGAUAAGAGAAGAAUGGGUAGAAGAUUCAUUAGCAGAGGAGCAGAUCUGGAUGGAAAUUGUAGUAAUUUUGCAGAGACAGAAUAAAUAUUCAGAUAUCAAUCAACCUAUUAUUCAUUUUUAUAAUCAAGAGGUUCAAUGCCUUUUAAAUGGAUUUAGAAGCCAGAUUUAAAAUGGUCACCAAAGGCUAAGAUUUUAGGAGAUAUAACCACUAAUACUGAAAUAGCUUAAAAACACUUUUCUGAUUAGUUCUAGUUGGGAAUUCAAAAGCAUAUUCUUGUUAACUUAAUUGAUAAAAAAGGAACGUAGAAUGUGUUAGGAAAUUAUUAUAAUGAAGUGAUUAAUCGAUUGAAAAAUGACAAUUUAAAGUAUAUUUGGUUUGAUUUUCAUCAUGAAUGCAGAGGAAUGAAAUAUUAGAAUUUAUCAAAACUAAUAAACAUGAUGGCAUAGGAUUUAAAACUAGAAGAUUAAUGUAGUUUUGAUCUCAAAUCAGGAACAUCUUAAUUAAAUAUAAUAACACUGAUGACAACAUAGAAAUCCAUUAUUAGAACUAAUUGCGUUGAUUGUUUGGAUAGAACUAAUGUAGUUCAAUCAGUUAUUGCUAGACAUUAACUUUGGAAUACAUUAUAAAAAUUAGGAGUAAGAAGAAGCACUAACUAAGCAAUGGAACCCUUCCCAGAUUAAUUAGAAUAGAUAUUUAGAGAUAUUUGGACAUUGAAUGCAGAUACUGUUUCUUUGAUGUAUACUGGAACAGGUGCUUUGAAGACAGAUUCAACAAAAAAAGGCAAGAGGACAUUUUUAGGUGCCGUGGAAGAUGGCAGAAGAUCUAUAAUUAGAUAUUUUAUUGGAAACUUUCAUGAUGGAGGUAUUCAAAAUAACAUUGAUCUUUUAACAAAUAAGAUAGAUUUAAAAAAACAUGAUUAUAAAAACAAGUUCUUCACAGGAUGGCAUUGUCUAUUAGUGAUUUUUGCAUCUGUUCAGGUUGGAUUAUGGAAAUUGAGUGGAUUUGUUUUAGAGCAUCCAAAGGCCAAUUAAAUAUUGGGGAUUCAAAAAAAACAUGAUAACUAUGAUUAACUCAAGAUGACAAUAGCUCAUUUUGCCUUUGUAGCAACCGGAAUGCUUAUUAUACGAACACUUAUAUUCAGUAAGUAUAAACUGUUUGUCAGAGAAGCCAAGCUAAACCAUUGA